GCAGUCGCUUCUUCCUCCUCAUCGCGGCAUCAGCACUCGACUUCAGUCCGGGAAGGCUUCCUCAUCGGUACUCCAAUGGCUACCUCCGCGCUCCAGCAAUCGGCUUUCGCCGGCCAGACCGCUCUGAAGCAGCAGAACGAGCUCGUCCGCAGGGUCGGCUCCUCCAGAGGCCGCUUCUUCAUGCGCCGCACGACGGCGAGCACCCCCAAGAGCAUCUGGUACGGGCCGGACCGUCCCAAGUACUUGGGGCCCUUCUCGGAGCAGACGCCAUCGUACCUGACGGGCGAGUUCCCGGGCGACUACGGGUGGGACACGGCGGGGCUGUCGGCGGACCCGGAGACGUUCGCGAAGAACCGGGAGCUGGAGGUGAUCCACGGGCGGUGGGCGAUGCUGGGGGCGCUGGGGUGCGUCUUCCCGGAGAUCCUGGCCAAGAACGGCGUCAAGUUCGGGGAGGCGGUGUGGUUCAAGGCCGGGGCGCAGAUCUUCUCGGAGGGCGGCCUCGACUACCUGGGCAACCCCAACCUGAUCCACGCGCAGAGCAUCCUCGCCAUCUGGGCCUGUCAGGUGGUGCUGAUGGGCUUCGUGGAGGGCUAUCGCGUCGGCGGCGGCCCGCUGGGUGAGGGCCUCGACGCCAUCUACCCCGGCGGCGCCUUCGACCCCCUGGGCCUGGCCGACGACCCCGACGCGUUCGCGGAGCUCAAGGUGAAGGAGAUCAAGAACGGCCGCCUUGCCAUGUUCUCCAUGUUCGGCUUCUUCGUGCAGGCCAUCGUGACCGGCAAGGGCCCCAUCGAGAACCUCUACGACCACCUCGCCGACCCCGUCGCCAACAACGCCUGGGCCUACGCCACCAACUUCGUCCCCGGCAAGUGAUCAUCUCCCGCUGCCUUCCUGCGUGCAUUGACGUCGUCGUUGUCGGUCGUCUUCCUCUAAAAUGGUGGUGUAACGGUACGUGAAGGGAGGCUGCAAUCGAGCCAUCAUGUGUUGUGUUGUACUGUAAUAUUGAUAUUAUUAGUUAAUGGUCGACUUAGUGCAA